UUCCUUUCAUUGCUAAAGGCCAACAUCAAAAUAAAAACCUAUCCACUAAAAUUUUCUUUGAAAAUAAAAAAGGAAAAGAAAAGGAAAAUACAAUCUCAUCCUUGAAUCAUGGCCACAGCCUCAUCCACCCACCUCCACCUCCCACUCCUCCCUCUUCCCCAUCACCGCCGCCGCUUCUCUUCCCCUCCCGCCAUUCUCCUCCGCCGCAACCGCCGCUCAGCCUCCGUCAUAGUCUCAGUAGGAGCCGACAAGCUGGGGGACUUCGGUGCCAGAGACCCAUUUCCGGCAGAAAUCGAGAGCAAUUUCGGGGAGAAAGUGGUGGGAUUUUCCGAUACAGAGCACAAAAUUCUGAUCCCUAACGUCCGAGCCUUGGCUCUGUCUCAGCAAGAGUGCGUUCCAGUUUCUUCACUGCAGGCUCCAAUGGCAGAGGAUGAAGCCCAAAAGCUCUUGAAGAAGGUGGUGGGUUGGAGAUUGGUGGAUGAUGGAAGAGGGGAAUUUAAGCUUCAAUGUUUGUGGAAAUUGAGGGAUUUUAAAUGCUGUGUUGAAUUGAUUAAUAGAAUAAGUAAGGUUGUGGAGAAUGUUGGGCACUUUCCUGAUCUUCAUUUGGAGCAGCCUAAUCAAGUUAGAGCUGAGCUUUGGACUUCACCCAUUGGAGGUUUGAGUAUGAAUGAUUUUAUUGUAGCUGCAAAAAUUGAUGAGAUAAAAACAUCGGAUCUUGCUCCCAGGAAAAGAGUUUGGGCAUAAUUCAACCACAUUUUCAUUUUCUUGAAGGCAAAAUGUUCAUUUUGUAUGAAGAAAACCCUUUUUUUUUUUAAUUAUUAUUAUUAUUAUUCCCUUUUUUUGAAUUUUAUUUCUUCUAAAAACCUUACGUAUACCAACUGUUUGAUAAUUUGAUUUCUUAGGCUGAUCAUGAUAAGCAAUGCCCCCAAAAAUUGUUCAGCAUGC